GCAUAAUAGUUCCCACGAACAAGAAAAGUCAAAGAAGAAAUUUGUUAGAGUUGACUAUUAUUUUUUCGUUUUGGACGGCAAAUUGAGGAAAAAGUGUAUAUAUUGGAAGUCCAAGUUUUAUUCCACACAGCGCAGAGGCUGACGCAAAGAGAGCUUCAAACAAAACCCACCCCAAAAAGAAGAAAAAGAACAACCACUCCACGUAUUCAUCUCUCUCUAUAUCGACAGAGAAAUCUCUCUCUCUCUAGACCAGAUUGUGGGUGUAUUGACAGAUCAAAGGUGAGGACACGGAGGAGAAAGGGUGUACAAUAAAAAGAUAUGGCUGUUAAUGCGGUGUCUCUUGCUGAGAGGGCCACGAGUGACAUGCUGAUCGGUCCAGACUGGGCUAUAAAUAUCGAGUUAUGCGAUAUAAUAAACAUGGACCCUGGGCAAGCAAAGGAUGCCUUGAAAAUACUUAAGAAGCGUCUGGGAAGCAAGAAUCCUAAAAUACAGCUCCUUUCUCUUUUUGUAUUGGAGACUCUCAGUAAAAAUUGUGGGGACAACGUGUUACAACAUAUUGUUGAGCGUGAUAUCUUACAUGAUAUGGUCAAGAUUGUAAAGAAGAAGCCUGAUUUAAAUGUAAGGGAGAAGAUACUAAUUUUGAUAGAUACAUGGCAAGAAGCUUUGGAUGGGCCCAGGGGAAGGUAUCCCCAAUACUUUGCUGCUUAUAAUGAACUGAAGGGUGCUGGAGUAGAAUUUCCGCCCCGAGUGGAAAACAGUGUACCAUUGUUUACUCCGCCACAAACCCAACCGAUAAUUCACCCUGCUUCAGUAUACGAGGAAACUGCUGUUCAGGCCUCUCUUCAGUCGGAUGCUUCUGGACUCAGCUUCGCAGAGAUUCAAAGUGCUGAGGGGCUGGCAGAUGUAUUAAUGGAAGUGCUUGGUGCCUUGGAUCCUCAAAAUCGUGAGGGUGUAAAGCAAGAGGUGAUUGUUGACCUUGUUGACCAGUGCCGUUCUUACCAAAAGCGUGUCAUGAUUCUUGUGAACAAUACUGUAGAUGAGGAGCUUCUAUGUAAGGGAUUGGCUUUGAAUGAUAACUUGCAGCGUGUUCUUCGCCGGCAUGAUGAUAUUGCAAAAGGAACCCCUACUGUUGGAGUAGGAACUACAGAAACUCCAGUUGCACCUCUGUUGAAUGUGAAUCACGAGGAUGAUGAGUCAGAAGAAGAUUUUUCCCAGCUAGCUCACAGGUCAUCAAGGGAUGUUCCCCAGGGAUACGGGCGCAAACCAGUAAAUGUUGAGAAUAUACCUGUGCGAGUCAGCCCUCUUCUUCCUCCUCCACCCUCCUCAAAGAAUCCUAUUAUUACAGAUGCUGGGACGAUUGAUUAUCUAAGUGGUGAUGCCUACAAUUCUGAAAGAUCUUCUGGAGCAUCAGGGUCCGUACCUGUUGCAGUUCCAACUCACUCAAACAACAGAGACUCCAUCCCGUCAUCAAAUCGAACAGUGUCCUCCUCAUCCCCUCCCUCUGAUUUCAUAAACCCCACUGCAUCCAUGUUCGCCGAGCAGCCCACAAAUGAUGAACCCGUUGCAUUGUCCAAAUCUCCUGGCAACCUUCCACCUCCGCCUUCCAAGUUUAACCAGAGGCAACAGUUCUUCGACCAACACCACUCAUUUUCUGGCGGCGCAUCUCAUUCAGGUAGGGGAGCUGGUUCCUCUUAUGACAGCUUAGUUGGGCAUACCCAGAAUCUCUCUCUUAAGUCGUCAACCCCUACCAAACAAGAGAAAGAAGAAGAUGCGCUCUUCAAAGAUCUGGUCGAUUUUGCAAAAGCCAAGUCUUCGUCUUCCAAUCCCAAUAGAUCGUUUUGACGGGGUUAUUUAUAGUUGGUACGAGUUCUUUAUAUGAUGGUAAUAUUGAAGUACUGGGUUCAUGGGGCUUUUUAAAUAAAUCGUUGAACAAAUGUGGUUGGGAAGAUGUGUGAUGAUUUGUAUGUGCCAUUUAGCAGUUCAGUUUUUCAGAUUUGUGCUCAGGAUUGUCUUACACGAAUGACUACUAGUGUGCCUGAGAGAGAGGUCAUGAACUACUUAUUGAAUAUAUGCGAGUUUGCUGAUGUAUAUAGUCUUUUAUCGUAA